CCCUGAAUAGACUGUAAGCACCUAGAAGGUAAAGAUAAUUAUUUGAUACAUAUUUAUUGAAUACUUACUGUAUGUUGGAACCAGUGCUAGCAGCAUAUGUAUAUAUUUGAGAGCUCGACAUCCCACUAAAACCAUGCCCCUUCAAGUCCCAAUAAGUGUGAGGGAAGAUAGGGAAGCCCAAAUCCUACAUCCGGGUCUGUCUUCAGGAGGGAAGGGACCUGGUUGGGGGAAGGGGGAUUCUGAGUAGUGAAACCACUUCCUGUGUAGCUAGUUCCUGUGUUGACAGAAUGAGCAGAAGGGGAGGCGGGGUAGAGGGAGCAGAGCCAGGGGCUGGGGGGCUACUGAGCCUCUGGAAAUGAGAAGGCCAGGAGAUCCUCCCUACCAAGAGCCCCCUCCACUCCAGCAGCUGAAGGAGUUUUUCCCAGUCUCUGUGCUCCCCUGGGGCGAGAGACAUUAAAUAAGCUGUUUGGGUUAAAAAGAAUGGAGGAAGUUGACAGCGAUGGGCGGGGCUCGUGGGGGGGCUGACCAGGAACCCAGCUUCCUGCUCAGUACCCAGGCAUCCAGCCCCCAGCUCACCCCCACCCCUUCCAGCCCCCACUCCCCUUAGGAACCCAAGGUUCCGGCCCUCCUCCCAAAUCCCAGCCACCCCUCCCCCAUCAGUUUCUCCCCUCCAGGGGAUGGAGGCCGAGAGACCCCAGGAAGAAGAUGGUGAGCAGGGCCCCCCUCAGGAUGAACAAGGCUGGCCCCCUCUGAACUCCACCACUCGGCCUUGGCGAUCUGCUCCUCCGUCCCCUCCUCCUCCAGGGACCCGCCACACAGCCCUGGGGCCUCGCUCCGCCUCCCUGCUUUCCAUGCAAACUGAGCUCCUUCUGGACCUGGUGGCUGAGGCCCAGUCCCGCCGCCUGGAGGAGCAGAGGGCAACCUUCCACGCCCCUCAAAACCCCCCAGGCCUAGCCCCUGCCCCACCCCGGCCUCUCGAGGACAAAGAACAGCUCUACAGCACCAUCCUCAGUCACCAGUGCCAGCGGAUGGAAGCCCAGCGGUCAGAGCCUCCCCUCCCCCCAGGGGGGCAGGAGCUCCUGGAAUUGCUGCUGAGAGUUCAGGGUGGGGGUCGAAUGGAGGAGCAAAGGUCCCGGCCCCCCACACACACCUGCUGAGACACACACACUGCUGAGAUUUAAGUUCCCAACCAGUCUCUCCUCCAUCCUGGGGCUCAAAGCUGGGCAUGCCCUCAACCCUUGCUUGGAAGGGGCACCAAAGACUGGAAGACCUAGCAGAAAUCUCAAUAUUCAUUGCCCUCAUCACUUUCCCUGUGAAGUGGAGGGGGUGAAAGUCAUCAAACCCUGGGAAUAGACAAGGUAGGCUGGUCAUUUAACUUCCUCCCGAAGUACCUGGGAGCUUGGGCAGUAAGAGGAUCUCAAGCAACCAUCUCAGAGAGUGGCUAGGGUCACUGUAGGGCCAGUUGUCAAGCUACUAGACAGGGUCCUAGGACUCAGGUCUCCACUUACGAAAAAAAGACAAAUCUCCCAGGGUUAUGACCUGCAAGACAGCUUUACCCUCCCUCCCAGUAAGAAGAAAGGAUGGGUGGGUGGGCACAGCUAAGAGAUUAAGACUAUUUUCCUAUUCCCACCACCAGCCCCUAGCCCCAAGACUGAGGGGCCUAUAGGCUGUGAAUGAACCUUUAGCCCCGCCCACCCUCUCUCCCCACUGCUGCUGAGUCUGUCGGAUGUUUUGGCUGUAUAAAUAAAUAUAACU